UGGGUUGUAACCUUAGAUUUGACAGCUAUUUUUAGCAGGUUGUGCGACUAGAUUGACUCUCUCGUGUGUUCGUUGUUUAAAAACAGGUCAACCCCCAUUGGAAAGGCCUAUCAUUAAAAGUAUUCAACCGUAACCAUUGUAUCUCUGUAGGAGUAUGGUGAACUAUAAUUAUCUCAUUAUCUGAUGUGUCAUUCUUCCAAAGACUGUAAGGUGUGAUCUGAAGGAAAUCUGCCUGCUAUUUCUAGCGGAUUGAAUAUCAUACAGAAUAGUCACGGGCAACAUGGUUCGCGGAACUUUAUGAAUGGCACACAUAACGAAAAAUUACCUUGAAUUUAUUAAUAGUGCGGCCCGUUUCUCAGAAAAAGGCUGUCCAUACCUGAUCUAGAAGCUCUCAGGUUGGUUCGUCUUAAGUAAUAGAUACCGGCUUACAUACUUUCUACAUCCAUCUUUAUUACACAAAUAACAAUUCUGAAUCAAUCGAAGUAUCAACCUAGCUUUCGAUUCCCGAUUGUAAUCUACUUUUUUUUUAUUUUCUGUCACUUACGUUACAAAGCCGCUUAUAAAGUGUUUGUUUUUGUUUUUUAAAUCUCGCUCGCCACUUCUUGCGAGCCGGAGGAGGAGGAGGAAGAGGUGAAGGAAUAGUGAUGUCAUGAUGCUGAUGAUGAAAUAAAUUUCGCCGAGCUUCUUUAUAUAAUCACUUUCAGUUUUGUUUGGCGUGCAAUUCGGGAGAAGUACUCCUUAUAAUAUAAAUUAUUUCCUUACGUUUGUUCAUUGGUUCUUUUGCAUUUUCUAUUCCUUUUACACACACACACACUCAUAUAUAUAUGUGUAUAUAGUCUUUGUGCACAGAUUGUCGAUAUAAACUGGUUUCAUAAACAUCAAAUUUGUCCUUACUCUAUUUGAGUUUAUUAGCAUCAAACUUCUAAACAAUGAGCUCUGAUAUGGACCCUGAAAAAACACUGAAGUUUCUUGAAGAUCUUCACAUAGAUUUAAAUGCUGGUAAAGACAGUUUCUUUACUAGGACUCGUAUUCAUCAUCAACAAUGCAUGCUGUAAAGGAUAGCCUUUUGUCUGCUCAAGAUAUGCCGAUACAAAAGAGAACACAUCGAAAAUAUUAUGCAGAGUCAAGACAAAGAAUGCGGUGGACAAAGGAAAUGAAUUUAGAUAUUGUCCUCUGCUACUUCAAGGCCAUUAUAAAUUCUUCCACAUCAUACAGGCGAUCAAUGCAUCGAAACUGGAAAGAACUAUAUCCUGAUACAACCUUCACCGAACAAAGAAUAGCUGAUCAGAAAAAACAAAUAUUCAGCCAUGCAAAUAAUACCAGCACACUCAGUAACAGAGGACAUUGGUUGACAAACUUAGAAGUCGAGGCUAUAAAGUCUCAAAUAAUUAAUAAAGAUGGGAAAUAUCAAGUGGAAUAUUAUCCAUGAUCGGCAAAAGUUUAGCAGGGACAUACAAAGAAGGUAAAGAUUAUGAUGUUAUGGAUGAAAUCUUAGGCAAAGGAUUAAAUGGUCAAAUAGUUGUUGUUCGAGAUCGGGUAUCUAAUACAGACCAUGCUUUGAAAACAGUAAUGUUAACAUUAUUCAACACAAAUGAAAUUCGUGCCUGGGUGAGCCUAGAAGGAUGCAGUCAUUUCCCAAAUCUUUACAUGUUCAACAAAAUUGAUGGGAAAAUUGAGCUUCAUCAUGAAAUACUCAAAAAUGCUGUCACCCUCGCUGAUGUAAUAAAUGAUCGAAUGGGAAAACUGAGAGAGUAUCCAAGUCUUCUUCAUUAUUUUUCUCUGUAUGUUCUCGAGGGAUUAUUGGAAGCCUCUUCUACUAUGCAUUCAAAAAACUGGCUGCAUGAUGAUAUACAUGAAGAAAAUGUUAUGUUACAGCCCCAACAAGACCCAUCAGACUCUGUUCUAAGGUUGCGUAUGAUUGAUUUUGGACGAGUGAAAAGCUUAAAAGAUGACCGUGUUGUCAAUGACAUUCAAGGAAUUAUCCGCAUUUUUACAUCAGUGUAUGUAACAGAGAAAUUCAAUGAUGUAUUUGAUCUUCAGAAGAACUGGGAGACAAAACUAAAUAAACAUUCUGAUGAUUUUAAAUUAAGUUUUGAGUAUAAGCAAGAAUUAUUGAGUCUUGUCAAACUAGUCCUGGAUGUAAAAUUAACGAAAGAUGAAGAAGAUCUGAAAAAAACUGUUUCAGAAAAACUGAAAGACAUCAGAGAGGAAGCACCUGAAAUAUUAGAAAAUAUUGCAAAACUUAUUUUUCCUGAAAACUUUCCAGAUGAAAACAUGGACGUCACUGAUGGCUCUUCUCUACUAGAAAUCGACUAUGAUAUCUUUACUGUUGGGAAAUAAAGAAAAUGAAGCCAUCUUAUGCAGCAGUAAUGUGGCAAUCUUUUAUAAAGAUAAAAGCAAGCUUCUAAUGAGCCAAGUCUAUGACAAACCACCUCCUCCCCAUUACAAUUUCUGGUGGAAACCAUUUAACUUCACUUAUGUUGCUAAUGUUUUUGGUGAACAGUAUGAAUGUCAUAAGUUUACUAUCUUCUCUCAUGAAUUGGUAAAGUUAUGAUCAUGUAUAAUAUCAAUAUUAAAUUAUACCUUAUAUAUGUAA